AUGUGGCGCCGAUCCCUCCUUCUGCUACCGAUUCUCCGGGUCAUCAUUGGUGCAGAUGCAGCAGAUAACAUCACUUGGGACCGAGGCCCAAGACUCCCUGCGGCUCUACGCAGCAGCAUUCGGGAAGAGACAUUUGAGAAACGCGCCGAAGACAGCUUGACCGAACUUAACGUGACGGAUACGGUGCGCUUGCGUUUUAAAGAACCGAAUAUUUGUGAGACGACACGGGGGGUGCGGUCGUACUCAGGUUGGAACCAGGAGUCGAACCUGCUCUUCCUCUCCCAGCCUUUCGGUGUCGGGUUCUCCUAUGAAUCGCGGGACAGCGGGCAACCGCUGUCCCCUUAUACCAAUGCAACAUUGGUCGACAGGACAGAGAUAGCUGCUGCCACGGCAUGGCAUGCAGUCCAAGCACUCCUCUAUGAGUUGCCGCAAAUGGGUUCCGAAGUAAAAUCCACGGACUUCCAUCUGUGGUCCGAGAGUUAUGGUGGACAUUAUGGGCCUGCUUUCUAUCGAUAUUUUCAUGAGCAGAAUGAAGCGAUUAAAGCUGGGAAACUGUCAGGAGUGGAGUUGAAUCUCAAGACUCUGGGUAUCAGCAACGGCAUCAUCGAUGCAGCAACUCAGUUCCCAUCAACUGACCAAAAUCUUAUCACAACGGAAGCUCUGUGCUCACAAGCAGCCAACAUGUGUCGAGAUAAUGUUGAGGGCCCGUACUAUUCAUACAGCGAACGGAGCAUGUACGACAUCCGAAAGGAUAGCAACCAACGCGCUUACCCGGAUUUCUUCGUGAAGUAUCUGAAUACGCGGGAGACGCAGGAUGCCCUCGGUGUCGCUCUUGACUUUAGGUAUGAAGACUCAAGUUACGACGUGUAUCUGGCUUUCCAGCAUUCGGGGGAUUAUGCCUAUCCCGGGUUCCUGGAGGACUUGGAGUUCUUGAUGGACAAGGGCAUCCGGGUUCUGCUCAUUUAUGGGGAUGCGGACUACAUUGGGAACUGGUUUGGUGGUGAAGCAGUGUCGCUCGCUUUAAACCAUAGGCAGUCCACCUUCUUCCGAGCGACUCCGUACACAUCGCUCAUCUCUGGCGACAAGGUGAAUGGAAAAGUGCGCGAGUUCGGACAUCUUUCGUUUGCGGUUGUCUACGAAGCUGGACAUCUCAUUUCCGUGGACAGUCCCGGCGUAGCUUUAGACUUGUUUAGAAGGGCGGCCUGGGGACGUGAUUUGGCCACAGGAGAGAAGACCUUGGAUGAGUUGGUCGAGAUUCCCUUGACCCCUGACGCACCAGGCGUGCCCGAUGAGAGUGGUGAUGAGGAAGAGGAUGAAGAAAUCGUAGAUUGUUGGAUUGGAGAACAUGUGGGCUAG